AUGGGCUGCGGAAGCGGAAAAGCGGUGGUGUCCAAGAGCACUCUGCAGGCCACCGUGAAGUCCGUGACCAGUCCCGAGGACCGGCCGAAUCGAGGGACCCCGGUCGCAAACCAACACGGCCGGACACGCCCCGAGGUCGGGACACCUCAUGGCAUGGCAGCAUCAGCACCGCUUUUGCUGUGGCCGGAGUUGGGCGUGUACCGUGCCUUGCAUCAGCUGGGCCUGCUGGACAAGAUCGAUUCCAUUGGGAGCGUGUCUGGAGGCACCUGGCUCUCUUGCAUCUACAUGUUUGCGCGAACGUUUCAGGGCUCCCCGGUCACCACCGAGCAACUGCUCUACGGCGCUGCCAGCGCGCCCUCCGAGCUGUCAAUGGCACAGCUCCAGAAGCCGGUGCCGGCGGCGGCCAGUGGCAUGGUGCAGGGUGACUCCGAUAAGCUUUUAGCGGAGCUCACCGUGGAGUUCCUGGGUCAGGAAUGGGAGGUCUGGCCGCACAUCAUGUCGCGAUGGUUAUUGCGGUACUUCGACGAGCUCAAGAGCUUUGCCAAUUACUUGGCACUCGACGAUCAGCAGGUGGAGAGCAUCAAGGCACGGAAUCCGGAGCUGGAGAAGAAAAGCUUCCUGACCCUGCGACCGGAUCGGCGCCAGGCCUACGUGAUGUGUGGGGUGGUGCAAGCGCCUUUGCUGUACCUGGCCACCAACGACAACGUGGUGUCCCUCCAGAUGACUGCGGAUUUCGUGGGGAGCCCCUUCUACCCCAACAAUGCACAGGUGCAGUAUCAGAAGGCUCCCAUUUGCCCUUGCGACAAGUGUCUCUACAAGUGUUGCACAAUGAAGCGGACUGUGGGUGGUGGCUUCGUCGAAAGCUUCGCCUUUGGGGGUGCGGCACCGUCUGGCAAGGGGCAGAUGGGCGGCGAAGGCGUCUCCGUGGGGGCCCCUGAGAAACCCUUCUCUUUGCCCUAUGCCUGUGGUAUCAGUAGCUGGGCUCCAGGUCAGUUGGGAAACUCCACUGACAUCUUGGCGGAGAUCGGCAACAUCCGGAAGCCCUAUUGGCCAAUGCUGCCGCGCCUGGGAACGACGGCGGAGCAGCCGCAGCCCGCGCUGAUGUACGAGCUGGCCGAUGGGGGGCUGAUUGACAACUCGGGGAUCCUGAGCCAACUGCAGCGGAAGGCCUCCAGGAUAGUGGCCACCUUUCCGGCUGAGCACGCGAUCAACGAGUCCUACGACUGGGCCAACGCCACGGCGACCAGCUUCGACCCCAAAACCGCCGGCGUCUGCGACACGCUCUACGUGCUCUUCGGAUAUCCAGGGUCCCACUACAACAACAACGACCAGGUCUUUGAACAGGGGCUCUUGCUGCCGCUGGCCAAAGCGAUCAGGGCGUUAGUCUUAGCAGGGAAACCCGUGGUGUUGAAGAAGACCUUCAAGGUCUUGCCGAAUGAGUGGUGGGGUAUUGAGGGGAACUGUGAUGUGGAGAUCGUCAUGAUCUACAACGAGGUCUGCAAAGACUUUCAAGACCAGCUGCCAGCAGAUACCCAGCAAGAGCUUGCAAAAGGGAAGGAUGGUGCUUUUAAGAACUAUCCACACUAUUCGACCUUGUUCAACAAUCCCCCUGACUGCUUGGGGCUGACGACUCCGCAGGUGAACCUUCUCGCGGCGCAAGCGGAGUACACCGUGAAGAUGCACGCGCAGCUGCUGGAGGAUUUGCUCGACGGCUGCACCACGCCUGGUAAAAUGCCUUUGGCCUGGUUUGAAUGCAGAAGUGCGGCAGAAGAGACCAGACAUCGCAGCCAAAGUGCUGAGUUCGUGGUGGUCCAGUUCCGCGGAAGCUUCGUCCCUUCUCGGACGUUUUUCCUUUUGAUGGACCGGAGCUUCCGGGCUCUGUGUGAGACAUGGGUGGAGCCGGAGUUGGUGCCGAAGUUCCGCCUGGACUCGCCGCCUCUGCCGGCCAUUCUUGGCUUCACAGAGCUGUCACCGAAGCACCUGCAAAUGCAAGUCGCGAGCGAAGAGGAGAGGCAGCGUUGGAAACAGCAGGGCUCGGCUGAGGUGGUCAAUGCGAAGGACCAAGCGAAGAUUCUGAAGAUCCUCACCGCUGUCGAAGAGAAGCAAGCGGCAAUAGAUGCUUACAGCCACAAACAUCUCACCACUCGAAGCGUCCACGUGAACGGGAAACAGGUUCUGUGUCAUGCGCGUGCGGUGAUGGCUUUAGCCAAGUUCAGCGAGGACCUGGCGAAAGCCUUGAAAGAGCAAGGGACUCCAGUGGAAUCGGCGCUGGAGAGCCCGGAAGACACGCCCAAAGGGGACGCGGGCCGGUCCCCCACGCUUAAAGGCGCGCCAGGCGCGAGUCUCGGCUUCAGCUUCCUGACACAGUUGGGCUUGUCCAGCGCUUCCAGUUCUUCGACCGGAAGCCCCCCAUCUCCCAGGGCUGAAAGGGCUGAAGCUGAUGGAGCAGAUGGAGGAGCCCGGUUUCUCUUCGGUGGCACCUGCUUAAGACCUCACAAGGAGGGGAGCUUGGGCUGCCGGAGUGUGGAGGAACGCGUCGAAGCGGGUCGACGCUUGAGAGCCUCGAAGCUGAAGCCGAAGCCGCAUGGAGGCGAUGAGCCCCCGCUCGCGCCGCGCGACGCGGCUUCCUCCUUGAUGCGGAGCGCCGCCGCAGCAGUCGUGUGGAGCUCUCCCAGUCCCAGCCACGAGGCCAGCCGCGGUGUGGAGAGGCUGAAGGGGACGGAUGAGGGCGCUGUACAAAGAUAG